AUCAAGGACUCCCUCUCCCUCCCUCUCCCUCUCUAAAAACUCUCCACCAUUCCCUUCCUCCUCUACUUCACACACAGUCUAUCUUCACUCUGUACAUCUUCAAAUAUCUCUUACUCUCCCUUCUCAUCUCUUGAUACAGAUCUAUUUUUGUUCUUGCUGAAAAUGACGGACACAACAGAUGAUAUAGCAGAGGAAAUCUCCUUUCAAGGCUUUGAUGAUUACUGCAAACUGCUUAAGAAUUUAUUAAACGAUGUGUUGCAGAGAGAAGUUGGUACUGAUUUCGUCGAGAAACUUGAACGCAAUCGCACUCUCGCUCAGAGUGCUUGUAAUUUGAGAUUGGCGGGGAUAGAAGACACAGCUGAGUUGCUGGAUAAGCAGCUGGCAUCAGAGAUAUCAAAGAUGACAUUAGAGGAAGCAUUGACACUUGCUCGUGCUUUCAGCCAUUAUCUUAAUUUGAUGGGAAUUGCUGAGACCCAUCACCGGGUACGUAAGACACGGGAUUUGGCACAUCUAUCAAAAUCUUGUGAUGAAGUCUUUAAUCAGCUGUUGCAGGGUGGAACAUCGGCUGACGAACUUUAUGACUCUGUUUGCAAGCAGGAGGUUGAAAUCGUUCUUACUGCACAUCCUACUCAAAUUAAUCGUCGUACCUUGCAAUAUAAGCACGUUAGAAUUGCUCAUCUUUUAGAUUACAACGAUCGACCUGAUCUCACACAGGAAGAUAGAGAAAUGCUUAUCGAAGAUCUGGUAAGAGAGAUUACUUCAAUAUGGCAGACAGACGAGCUUAGGCGCCACAAACCCACGCCAGCAGAUGAAGCCAGGUCUGGCUUGCACAUUGUGGAGCAGUCUCUAUGGAAAGCAGUACCUCAUUACUUACGUCGUGUCAGCACUGCGCUGAAGAAGCAUACAGGAAAGCCACUUCCAUUAACCUGCACGCCAAUAAAGUUUGGGUCUUGGAUGGGGGGUGAUAGAGAUGGAAAUCCAAAUGUAACAGCGAAGGUCACACGAGAUGUCUCUCUUUUAUCAAGGUGGAUGGCUAUUGACCUUUACAUUAGAGAAGUUGAUAGUCUCAGAUUUGAACUAUCCAUGUCUCGCUGCAGUGAUAAGUUGUCAAGAGAGGCACAUGACAUUCUAGAACAAGAAACUUCUCUGGAGGAUCGGCACGAGGGUUGGAAUCAACUGAUGAGCAGAAACCAAACAAAGCAUCAUGGCCAACAAACUCCAUCACUUCCUACGCAACUUCCAGCUACAGCUGAUCUUCCCUCCUGCACUGAAUGUGGCAAUAAUGGUGGAUCACAGUAUCCCAAACUACAACUUCCAGGGACUGAUUACUUGCCGUUGAAUUGUCAGGAUGUUCAGGAUUCUUCAAACUUAGAAUCUUCAUUCCAAGAUUCUAGCCAUGGCUGUUGCAAAUCAAUUACAAAUGGAAGUAUUGCUAAUUCUGACAGCCAUCAAUCAGCUCCAAGCCCACGAGGAUCUUUCACCUCCAGUCAACUCCUUGCUCAGAGAAAACUUCUCGCGGAAUCUAAGAUAGUAAGAUCCAGCUUCCAGAAGCUUCUAGAGCCAAGUCUGCCUCAACGUCCUGGAAUCGCUCCUUAUAGAAUUGUUCUUGGUCAUGUGAAAGAUAAGCUUACGAAGACUAGAAGACGGCUGGAACUUCUUCUUGAGGAUCUUCCCUGUGAAUAUGAGCCUUGGGAUUACUAUGAGACAACAGACCAAUUGUUAGAACCACUGCUUCUAUGCUACGAGUCUCUGCAAUCUUGUGGAGCUGGGGUGCUAGCAGAUGGCAGGCUGGCUGACCUGAUAAGAAGAGUUGCGACUUUUGGAAUGGUAUUAAUGAAGCUUGACUUGCGACAGGAAUCUGGUAGACAUUCUGAAGCACUGGAUGCAAUCACCAAAUAUUUGGAUAUGGGAACGUAUAGUGAGUGGGAUGAAGAAAAGAAACUGGAAUUCCUAACAAGAGAGCUCAAAAGCAAGAGGCCACUAGUUCCUUCCACCAUCCAGGUCACUCCUGAUGUCAAAGAAGUUUUGGAUACGUUCCGCGUUGCUGCUGAGCUAGGGAGUGAUUCGCUUGGAGCAUAUGUGAUCUCUAUGGCAUCCAAUGCCAGCGAUGUCCUUGCUGUGGAGCUUUUACAAAAAGAUGCCCGUCUUGCUGUUAGUGGUGAGCUAGGGAAACCAUGUCCUGGAGGAACGUUGCGGGUGGUUCCUUUGUUUGAAACUGUGAAAGAUCUUAGAGGGGCUGGUUUGGUUAUCAGGAAAUUAUUAUCAAUUGAUUGGUACUCAGAGCACAUUAUAAAGAACCAUAGCGGGCAUCAGGAGGUGAUGGUUGGAUAUUCUGAUUCUGGUAAAGAUGCUGGACGCUUCACUGCUGCUUGGGAACUUUACAAAGCCCAAGAGGAUGUUGUGGCAGCAUGCAAAGAUAAUCAGAUUAAAGUAACUCUAUUCCAUGGACGAGGAGGGAGUAUUGGCCGUGGUGGUGGACCAACAUAUCUUGCCAUUCAAUCCCAACCACCAGGUUCAGUAAUGGGUACUCUUAGGUCUACUGAGCAAGGAGAAAUGGUGCAAGCCAAAUUUGGGCUGCCACACACAGCUGUCAGACAGUUGGAGAUAUACACAACUGCAGUUCUACUUGCAACGUUAAAACCCCCAGAACGACCUCGAGAAGAAAAAUGGCGUAAUCUCAUGGACGAGAUUUCAAAAAUCAGCUGCCAAAGUUACCGGAGCACUGUAUAUGAAAACCCAGAGUUUCUUGCCUACUUUCAUGAGGCUACUCCACAAGCGGAGCUUGGUUUCCUUAACAUAGGAAGCCGACCCACAAGAAGAAAGAGCUCAACAGGAAUUGGACAUCUUCGUGCCAUUCCAUGGGUAUUUGCCUGGACCCAAACAAGAUUUGUUCUUCCAGCAUGGCUUGGAGUUGGGGCAGGUUUGAAGGGUGUUUGUGAGAGGGGACACACCCAAGAUUUGAAAGCAAUGUACAAAGAAUGGCCUUUCUUCCAAUCUACUAUAGAUCUUAUAGAGAUGGUCUUGGGGAAGGCAGACGUUCCUAUAGCGAAGCACUACGAUGAAGUCCUUGUAUCUGAUAAGAGCAGGAGAGAACUUGGUGCUGCACUAAGAAGAGAACUCUUAACAACGGAGAAGUUUGUAUUGGUGGUUAGUGGGCAUGAGAGGCUCUCAGAAAACAACCGGAGCUUGAGGAGGCUCAUUGAGAGCAGGCUCCCUUAUCUCAAUCCAAUUAAUAUGUUGCAGGUUGAGAUUCUAAAGAGGUUGAGAAGCGAUGAUGACAAUCAUAAACUCAGAGAUGCACUGCUUAUUACUAUAAAUGGUAUUGCUGCUGGUAUGAGGAACACGGGCUGACAAAUAUCUUUGCAGCUUUAUGAUUUUACAACUCGGCGAACUAUAUCAUGGCUUUUCCUACGUUCUCUUCUUUUUUACUUUUUAGGGCCAUCAUUUGAUGGCCUAGUUGGGAGUAUGGUAUCCGUCUAAGAGAUGAAGUUCUUAUGAAAUAUUAAUGCGGAUAAUAAUAAUACAAUUAAGUGGAUUUCGUUUCUUGAUAUGCAAA